AUGAGUACCCUAUUUUGGAACUGCCGUGGCUUGGGCAAUCCACGGACAGUUCAGGAGGUGGUGGACUUAGUGUCCAAGAAGAAGCCCGAGUUCGUGUUUUUGAUGGAAACUAUGGUAGAUAGAAGUCAUGCCGAGAGACUACGAGUGAAACUGGGUUUAGAGGGUUGCUUUGCGGUUGAUAGUGACGGCCAGAGAGGUGGUUUGUGUUUUCUAUGGGCCAAGAAUAAUGGUGCACGUUUGAUUAAAUAUUCGACUAAUCACAUUGAUCUUGAGAUUUCUUUGCCUGAUAAGCCGCUGUGGAGGUUGACGUGUUAUUAUGGAUUUGCACAGAGGGAUAGGAGGAGGGCUGCAUGGGAUUUUCUACGAUCUCUCAAGGGGGUAUCUGACCUUCCUUGGGUGGUUUUGGGAGAUUUCAACGAUUUAUUGAUGCAGGCGGAUAAGAGAGGGAGGUUGCCACAUCCUGUUGGUUUGAUUGAGGGGUUUGCUGAAGCUUUGGAUGACUGUGGUUUGAUGACACUGCCUAUGAUUGGAUACCCUUACACGUGGGAGCGUGGGAAAGAGACUGCUCGCUGGGUGGAGGAGCACUUGGAUAGACUGGUGGCGAAUAUUGACUGGCUGCAGGGCAAUGAUAGGGCGAGGGUCUUUAAUAUUCAAACUGACUCGUCAGAUCAUACUGCGCUAUUUCUGGAUAUAGGAGGGGUGGAUCAUGUGUUGAGGCCCCGGGGUUUCCGGUUUGAGAAUGCAUGGCUACUGGAUGGUGGUUGCAGGGAGGUGGUGGAAAGGGAAUGGUCUAAUACUCCAGGUUUGGCGUUACAGGCCAGGCUUGGUGUGUGUGGCCGGGGUUUGAGGAGGUGGGGUGGUGAUCGCCAUCAUAAGUAUGGGAAACGGGUUGAAGGUAUAAAGAAGGAGAUAAAUGGUUUACGAGGUAGUCAUGAUCCUGUUUCUUUGGCUCGGUUUAGGCAGCUUGAUGAGCAGUUGACUGUGGUGCUAGCUCAGGAGGAGGCUUUCUGGAGGCAACGUGCUAAGCAGCACUGGCUUCAAGGAGCUGAUAGGAAUACGAUGUUUUUUCACAAGUAUGCCACAUACCGGAAGAAGAAGAAUGUGAUCCAGAGACUGAAGGAUGAUGGUGGUGUUUGGAGAGAGCGCAAUGCCUUGGACUCAGUGCCGGAAGAGGUGCGGAGUGCUUUAUUCUCUAUGGGCAAGGAUAAAUCUCCGGGACGGGAUGGCAUGAACCCGGGCUUCUAUCAGGCCUUCUGGGAUGUCAUUGGUAAGGAUGUUUCUGAUUUUGUGCUUAAUUGUUUAUCUGAGAAGUCUUUUCCUGCAAAUUUGAAUGAUGCUAAUAUAGUAUUGAUCCCAAAAAAAUGCUCCCCUGUAUCUGUGGCUGAUUUAAGGCCAAUAGCUUUGUGCAAUGUGUUGUAUAAGAUAAUGGCGAAAAUGAUUGCUAAUCGUAUGAAACCAUUGCUUGAGGGUAUGAUUUCUGUUUCGCAAAGUGCUUUUUUACCAGGUAGGUUGAUCUCAGAUAAUAUACUUAUUGCGUCUGAGGUUGGUCAUUAUUUGAGGAGGAAACAGUUGGGGCAGUCAGUAUGGUAUAGGGUGCUGGUCAAUGGGAAGCCUACUAAGGAAAUAGUGCCCACGAGGGGGCUGAGACAAGGAGAUCCAUUGUCUCCUUAUUUGUUUAUAAUUUGUGCUGAGGGCUUAUCAUUGUUGUUGCAGGACUCUCAGGCUAAAGGGCUUUUACAUGGUUGUAGAGUGGCUAGGGGGGCACCAUCUAUCUCGCAUCUGGUUUUUGCAGAUGAUAGCUUACUAUUCUUUAAGGCUAAUUUGCAGGAAGCUCUGGAGGUAAAGAGAUGUCUGGGAAUUUAUGAGGCUUUCUCUGGGCAGGCGGUUAACUUUCAGAAAUCAAGCAUUACGUUUAGUCGUAAUACACAGGUGGAGGUAAGGUACCUGGUUGCGAAUUCCUUGGGGGUGGGACAAGCUGAUGAUUUUGGGAAAUAUCUUGGAUUGCCUUCUGUUGUAGGCCGAAAUAGGAGUGUAGUAUUCGCAUAUGUUGAGCAGAAGUUGAGACAGAGGUUCGGUUCAUGGAACAAGAGGCUGCUAUUUAAAGCAGGGAAAGAGGUGCUUUUAAAGAGUGUAGCACAAGCAAUGCCUGCCUACACAAUGAGCAUUUAUUUACUCCCUAUGACUUUGUGUAAUGCUCUAGAAAGGUUGAUGAACAGGUACUGGUGGGGUCAGAGUAGCUCACAGGGCAGUAUUCACUGGAUGUCCUGGGACCGAAUGUGCGUGCCUAAGAAGUUUGGAGGUAUGGGUUUUAAACGUUUACAUGAGUUUAAUAUUGCACUGUUAGCCAAACAGGGAUGGCGGCUCUUAACCAAUCCGGAGUCCCUUGUAGCUCGUGUAUUUAAAGCCAGGUAUUAUCCUACUUCUUCGUUUUAUGAAGCCACAAUUGUUGGAAACCCGAGUUAUGCGUGGAGAAGUAUUUUUGCAGGUCAAACAUUACUAAAGUCCGGUUGCAGGCGGAGAAUUGGUAAUGGAAGGACCACUAGGGUUUUAAAUCAUCCGUGGCUACCUGAUGCUAUUGAUCCCUAUGUAGCCUCGACCCACCCAGGUCUGGGGCAGGAGCUUCUGGUUUCAGACUUGAUUGAUAAUGCCACCAAUGGGUGGAAUAAUGAACUGUUGGAUGAGUUGUUUGCCCCACGAGAUGUUUUGUUGAUUAAGCAGCUCCCUGUUAGUUUGGAAUGUGAUGAUGAUUGGUUUUGGGACAGGGAUCUGAGGGGUUGCUACUCGGUUAAAGAUGGUUACAGAAGGUUGGGAGAGGUAAAUGGCCCAUGUUUGCCAGUAUGGGGUAAUUUGUGGAGUUUGCAGGUCCCCCCAAGAUGGAGAAUUUUUAUGUGGAGAGCUUUGUCUGACAUCCUGCCCACCCUUGAUAAUUUAAUUAAUAGAAGAGUUGAGUUGAUUAAUAUUUGCCCAGCAUGUGGCAUGGAGGAGGAAACUAUCAUGCAUGUUUUAUGUUCUUAUUCUUUUGCUUCACAAGUGUGGAAUUUUUCUCAACUGCUUAUCCCUUCUUUUGACGGCAGGAGUUUUAGGCAAUGGACAGAUCUAUGGCUUGGCAACUCGCUCACUUAUAGUUCAGAGGCUCAGGGGAGGAUAUGUGGUUUGUUAUACGACAUUUGGACUGCCAGGAAUGAGGCGGUUUGGGAUGGUUGUUUGCUAAUGCCAUGUGUGGUGGUCAGGAGGUUCACAACGAAGUGGAUUUCAUGGACUGCAGCUGAUCAGCAUCGAAGUACCACGCGUGUAGCGCAUGUACCCCCGGGUCCGGCUUCAGUAUUAGAUGAUGGUGUGAUCUGUCGUGUAAAUGCGGGCUUUCACGGUCCAAAUCAUGCACCGGCUUAUGGUUUUAUAGUGCAGGAGAUGGAUGGAACCUUUGUGGCGGCAGGGAAUGGUCCUCUUAUUUGCCCAUAUGACCCCCUCUUGGCGGAAGCAAUGACUUUGUGUGAGGUUUUAUCAUGGCUAAGGGAUAAUGGCUACUCAAGGAUUUCAGUGUGCUCCAAUAGUCUAGUUUUAGUUUCUAGUCUUAAACAUGCAAGUUCGUUUCGUACUUAUUUUGGUUAUGUUUUGCUAGCUUGCAAUCGUUUGUUAUCUUCUAUGACUAGAUCAACAGUUAUUCAUGUUCGUAGGGAUGAUUUACAGGCUGCCCAUGUUAUGGCUAAGCAUGUAACUGCCUCUUUGGCACAUUCUCUUUGGAGGGAUAUUCCUCCUUCUUUUCUUGAGCCUGGAAUGGCUAAUGCAAUAUAA